AUGAUCGAGGUAGAAGGAGAUGAUAUGGGAACUGUGGAGGCAGGUUCAAGUGAAGGUCUAUAUGCUAUAGAAGAGGACCCGACCCUGACAGAUGACACCUCUAUACAGCUUCAUGCUAUCACAAAUAAGAAAAGGAGUAAAGGGAGAGCCAUGAAAUUAAUGGGGCAAAUUAAGGGCAUUCCCAUUCUGGUUUUCAUAGACUCUGGUACCGACAAGAGUUUUAUAAAUCCAUGGAUUGCAGAGCACCUGCGCCACCCCAUUGAUAGGACUAGUAUUGAAACCGUGGUGGUUGCUUCAGGAUGGCAUUUCAAGCACAUGACAAUGGAGUUUACGUUGGCAGGAUCUAAUCACCGGAUUAUGGGUGCCAUAAAUGGCCCAUUACAACCCACCACCCAAAUCUGUUAA